CGCUUCCUUUGAGUAGAAACAGCGAACAGCAGAGUCUCGAAGUCAUAUGCGACUAUUUACAGGAGACAAUGAACGGGGUAGACCACGUAACGUGCUCGGUUCCUCGACAACAGCUCUUCAACUGCAGCCACGGUGAUUGCGGGGCGACGUUCACACGCGAGUGGCGUUUGAAAGAGCAUGCCACCGUGCACACAGGAGCGCGACCUCAUCAAUGCAAAGUGGCAGAUUGUGGUCGUCGUUUCACACGGAAAUCUCACUUGAGCCGACACACACUUGGACACACUGGGUUUAAGAAAUUCAUAUGCACUUUUGUGAGUUGUAAGAAGAGUUUCUUCAACCCGGACAAUUUGAAGAGGCACGUCCAUUACGCUCACGGAGAGAAAGACAAAUACUUCAAGUGCAAUUUCGCAAAUUGUUUAUUGACAUUCAAGAAACGACGGAUGUAUAAAUUACAUUUGAAGGAGCACGGAGCAUCGUCUAACUUCAAGUGUUCAAGGACGGGGUGUUCCCAAAUGUUUGACACCCAUGUCGCUCGCAAAGCCCACGAGAAAAAACAUGCAGGAUACCGAUGCCCAAAGCCUGAUUGUAAGUAUUUUGCCCACACCUGGGGGAAGAUGUGCAAGCACAUGGCUACACAUCCAGCCACAUUUACCUGUAAGCUGUGCCAGAAAGAGUUCAAGCGUGUGGACUUGCUGCGUCGGCACAAGCGAACACACGCCCUGCAGAAGCCUGUCCUGCUGUGCCCCAACACCGACUGCCAGGCCUACUUCUCCACCACCUUCAACCUGCAGCACCACAUCCGCAAGGCCCACCUGCAGCUCCUCAAGUACAGCUGCUACUUCCCCGGCUGCCCCCGGUCCUUCGCCAUGCGGGAGAGCCUAAGCAGACAUCUUAUUGGCCACGAUCCAGAUGCCCGAACCAAGAAGUCGAAGCGCCGUCGGUCCAAGAAGAGCUGGCAGAAGCGUCUAGAACGCAACCACAAGCUCCCUCUGGUGGAGGAGGAUCUUCGGCGCCUCUUCGCCCUGCGCAUGAGGGUGUCUCGCCGUGCCAAGGUUGAGGCCAACCUCUCUGGCCUCUUCAACGAGCGCAAGAUCCCACACUUUGUGGACGCAGAGGUCAACUUGCGUGACCUCUUCAGCAUCAAACCCCCUCAAGAACCGGCGCAGUGUCCUGUUGCGGUGUAGCUGGGGGUCAUCGUGGUCAAAGGUUGUAAGGUCAAAUCACGGAGCUUGUAGUACAAUGUUGAACCAUGUGGAAGUAUAAUUCUAAAUACCAGAAGUCUCUAGGUUGUAAUUUUGUUGAUCUUUGAGUCAUUAAUGCAUUUCAUUAUGUUUAUUUUCUUUAUUCAUCACAAGGUACUUGUGUGCGUGCGUACGCUAUUGUCCAGAUGCCUGGCUUUGCAUGGCGUUGUCCCCUUUUCAAAGCUGUUAUCUUGGUUGUCAAUGGCUAACCAGCCCUCUACACUGGCCACAUUCCAAGCCCACAAUUGCUCUGCCAUUUUUGUUGGUCUUUUCUGUUUAAUGCUAUUGAGUUAACAAUGUCGUCAAUGGUACUGAAGAUAAUUGGGUCUUAUUCUUUUCCUGUAUAAAAGUGCUUAAGUUUAUCCUCUGCCUAACCAGAGCUGACCCAAUAAUAAAUUGAUAUCACCUCAAGAAGUUGCCUUAAUGUAUAGGGCUGGGGGAUAUGAUUGUGCUACUUACAAUACUCUAGUUAAUCACUAGUGAUCUGUUGGUGUGAGCUCCAACCCGGUUUCAGUCAGCAUAGAAUUAGACUACAGCACUUCAAUAAAGCCGUAUAACCCUG